AUGAGUGUUGAGCCGACUUUAACUGAGUCCCCAGUGCCACUGGCAUUGUCACGGCUUCAAACACGACCAGGUCGUCUACCCCGUAACCUGCGCUCACAUCGUCCCAGUCUACAACUCGCUAGCUUGGAGGAGUCCGCAGAUGAGUCUCCUAGACGUUACAGUGGAGACGCCUUUUCUGCGGACACGGACGACGACGAAGCCUUCAACGAUGGUGCCCUAUCAGAUACACCGUCUAUAUCCACAUCGAACGGACGUAGGGUAUCUGAUGCUACUUUCGCUGAACGGUACAGAAAGUUAAACGAAUUCGAUGGAGCUCCGCCGGAACCACCACGUCGAGCUUCUCUCGCUGUGCCAGGAGGAGUAGACGGUUUCGGCAACGAUAAGGGCCGAAGGCGGUCUUGGGCAGCUCGGCUGCAGUUAGAGCGCAAGAAGAGAAGGAAGUCGGGCGGUAAUGACACUGAUGAAGAAAGUGACGCUCCCAUGUACGUUCGUCAGAAACGACCAUCCUGGUGGAACGUUUUUGUGCCAGAUAAUAUGUUGAAGAACAGGUCUAGGCGUUCUUCGCAGCAGCUGUCGAGGAGUGCCGAGAGCAUCGACCAGACUUACAAGAGGUCUAAAAGUCGUUCGGUUGACCAUGGCUUUUCACCGCCCUUCGACUUGGACGCACUGCGCUCUAAGGUUGAGGGAAGGUUCGACGCUGUACACAGAGAUGAAGACGAACACGUCAAGAGAUUACCGCCGCCAAUUAAAACAAUGACUUAUACGGUUCGCGAUCGAGAUACCCUGACAUCGCUAGCAGCGAGAUUCGACACCACCCCAUCGGAGUUGACAAAACUGAACAGACUUGCUACGCAGUUCAUCUUCCGGGGACAAACGCUUCUUGUGCCCGAUAAAAGAAAAGAUGGCGACAAAGAUUCUGAUGGCCCGUCAGAGAGCGGCGAUAAUACAUCUGAAUCAACACAGGGAGCGCCAAGCGAGCCUGCGCAGGAAAAAGAGAUCCUGGACAGUUUGCGGCCCGUAUCUCCAGAGGCUCCCUCGUGUAGCAGCGCGCCACAGCGCUUUCUGAAGAUUAAUGUCAGACAUAUUACUGAUGGACAGGGGGUAGUAUCAGGUGUGCUGCUGGUGACCCCUAACGCGGUAAUGUUCGACCCGAAUGUGUCGGAUACGCUAGUGAUGGAGCACGGACCCGAGUCGUACGGCGUGAUUGCCCCCAUGGAGUACGUCGUCAACGCCGCCAUCUUCUACGACAUAGCGCACAUGCGCACACAUGGACCUGACAACAAUACGCACAAAGCUGAACAAGCUGAAAUCUAUUACAUGAAUAAAUCUGAAAAUUCACCUGGAAAGGAUUCUCUUCUAGUCAAAGAUGAAACAUUCCCCGAGCUGCAGGCGGCGACCGGCGAGAGCGUCGAGGGCGCGGAGGGGCCGGGGCCCGAGGGCGCCGACGAGCGCGGCGGCGCUGCCUUCCCUAAGGCCUUUGAUAGAGAACUCGUCACACCCACCGCUCUACAGCAACAAACUACCGAGGAUAGACGAAAAUCCUUACUCGAUCAACACUGGGCUAUUCCAAGCAAAGAUAGGAUGUCUAUCGAUCAAGGAAGCGAGGUGUCCUCUAGUGCGGAUCCUUGCAAGGACGAGAGCGUAGGCGCGGAGGUGGAGGUUGGUGCCGUCGCCGACGGCUCUGAGGGCGGGGAAGUGCCCGAGGAUGAUGCACAGCAUCUUGUCAAACUGUCCUACCACGACUCCGGCAUCGACAUCCGAGACCCACUACUCAAUGCCAAUGCCACACCUGCAAGCUCUAAGAAGGGAUCGAUGAUAGAUUGCGAUGAGUAUUACCAUGUGAUUGAUACAAUAUACGAGUCUAUGGAGUUGGAGAUACCGAAACACGAUAGAUACCAGGAGGCGGCUCAUCAGUUACAUUGUUUCAUAACUAUGCAUCGUAAUGUGGACGCGAUGUCUACCUCCUCACACGAAGAGGUGUACAGCGACGCGGACAUAGUGCUGUCGGGCGAGUGGGUGCCGCCGGUGUGCCUGGCGCGCGGCGAGCCGCCGCUGUCGGCGCCGCCGCUGGGCGAGGCGGAGCGCCAGCCGCGCAAGUCCACCGCCGUCUCCUUCUCACUCGACGGUACCUCGCAGAAGGAGGACGCCAAACCGGAUAAAAAGAAUAAGAUGCUGAAACGACUAUCUUACCCAUUAUCUUGGGUAGAGGGUCUAACAGGCGAGACCGCUCCCGCCGGCCCGGCAUCCCAAGGGGACUCACUACCCACAUCAGCGGAUAGCCACAACUCCACCAGCAUGUUCUCCAAAGUAUUCAACAGACGAAGUUCCCUGGGUGGUUUCGGUCGUUCGCACACAAAGUCCACGUCCAGCUCAGGGUCGCAGCCGCAGCAACCGCGCCUUGACUACCGCAGCAUGGUCUCUGUAGAUGAUAUGCCCGAUCUCUUCGCGUCCUUUGACAAACUAAUACCACGGCCGGCUCGACCCAGCGAUGACCCACCACUGUACUUGCGGCUGCGCAUGGGCAAGCCAAUCGGUCGCCCUCUGCCACGAACCACACCACUAAUGAGCUACGGACGCAAGCGCAUGAAGCCCGAGUACUGGUUCGGUGUUCCCAGGAACCGGGUGGACGAUUUAUUCAAGUUCCUCACACACUGGGUACCCGACCGGUAUGGGCCUCUGGGAGACGUCAGCGCUCACGGCUACGAGCUCAUUGAUAGUGACACUGAAUGGGACGACGAUGAAGCUAAACCAGGCCAAAAGGACGAGAGGACCGGCAGCACCGGAGACGUGUCCGACCUCACUCGCGAGUCAUGGGAGGUAUUGUCGAUGAGCGAUGAGUUGCGGCGCGCGCUCUACUCAUCGGGUGCCUCCAUCGAUAUGGAGUUCUCUCCACCCGACCUCAUCGGUACUUCCGAAAUACUCACAAUGGAACACAGAGAGAAGUUAUGCGGGGUGUUACCGGCACGUGCCCAGGGCUAUAUGUGGUCGCUGACGUUCAGCACGAGCCAGCACGGCUUCUCGCUUGCUUCUAUGUACCGCAAGAUGCAACGCGUGGACAGUCCCGUUCUGCUCGUCAUUCAAGACACUGAUAAUAAUGUAUUCGGUGCGCUGACUUCUUGCACGUAUCAUCCCUCCGAACACUUUUACGGCACUGGAGAAUCUCUUCUAUUCUCGUUCCAACGAAUUGAGGAACCUCGACGACCCUCGCAAACACCUAUUGAAAUCAAAGACAAAGACCUUAAAGACGAGGCUAAGAAAGAUGACAUAGAAGGUCAGCAAGCUAUAGUUAAAACUAAAUUCAAGUAUUGGGGAUGGACCGGUGACAACAUGUAUUUUAUUCGUGGAAGUAACGACAACAUAUCCAUCGGCGCUGGCGACGGAAAAUUCGGGUUAUGGCUAGAUGGGGAUCUGUACCUGGGUCGCACUCAGCGUUGCAAGACGUAUGGUAACGAUCCUCUGACGACUCGCGAGGACUUCAUCGUUAAGAUCAUGGAGUGCUGGACGUUCAUCUGA